CCAGAAUUGUAUGCAAACCAGUCUGACGAGUUUUGUUCAUGAAUAGGAUUUAUUACUCACACAGUGGUCACAAAAUAAUGUCAGUUGUCAACUGUUAGCCCAUUUGCAUCAUCAAAAAAGUUUCGUUGAUUUUUAUUUAUUUUUUAAUAUAAUUUGAAAAUUGAAAUGGAAAAAUUUGCCGAUGUCAAACCGCAGAUUGAGCAGGACGAGUUGCUGCUCUACACGUAUUAUCGAAGUUCGUGUUCCUGGCGAGUGAGAAUCGCCUUAGAGUUGAAGGGUCUAAAGUACGAAAUUGCCCCUGUCCACCUAUUGAAGUCUGACCAAUUGAAACAGGAGUUCAUUAAAGUGAGCCCACUCGGACAAGUGCCAGCUUUGGUGAUUAACAAGAAAAUUGCUCUUGUUCAGUCGAUUGCAAUUAUGGAGUGCUUGGAGGAACGUUAUCCUGAACCAGCCUUGCUGCCGAAAGAUUUGCAUAAGAGAGCAACCGUAAGUUAUUUUGAACACAGGGAAAUCUGUGAAAUCAUAGCAUCAGGAAUUCAACCCCUGCAAAACUUAGGAACCAUGGACAAAAUUAGCGAUGAUGAGGACAAAAAACUUGUCUGGGCUCAAUACUGGAUUCACCGAGGGUUGACAGCACUGGAAACGAUCCUUAAAAGCACUAGUGGAUCGUGCUGUUUUGGAGACGAUGUCACAUUCGCCGAUUGCUGUUUGGUCCCACAAAUCUCCAACGCUCAGAGAUUCAAAGUUGAUGUCACUCCAUUCCCAACACUAAUGCGGAUAGAUAAGUACUUAUCCACCAUUCCGGCUUUUCAACGUGCCCAUGCUUCCAAACAACCAGACACUCCUCCAGAAAUGGUCUCAGUACUGUAAUCUCCAGACGUCUUAUUUUUGCUCGUAAUAAAUAAAAUAAAAUGAGACAAUUGCCAACUUUGAAA